AUGGCUGAACUCUUUGUUCCAAAAAUAAUGGAUCAGUUGACUGAUGCUGCCUUGAAGCAAGUAGGGGAAAGAGCGAAGCUGCUGAUGGGAGUUAAAGAUGAGCUAAGAAAGCUGACAGAUAGGUGGAAGACAAUUGAAAGGGUAUUGGAUAAUGCCGAAAAGAGAAAGCUCAAGGAGGAAGAUAAGAUGUCGGGUUAUGAUGUGUUGGACGAAUGGGGCGUCAAGAUCCUGAAACCGCAUCCAAGAAUGCCAACAACACUCUUGCAGAAGGUGCGUUCUUUGAUCCCAUCUCUAUGUUCUUGUCUUAAACAAGUUCCAGUACGUCAUGAUAUUGCCUUGAAAAUUAAAGAGAUCAAUGAUGAGGUUGAAUCAAUACUGAACGAAGCAAAUAAGUUUCACUUUGUUACUAGUCUUAGCGGGGAGGUAUAUUAUGAGAAAUUUAACCGACCCCUGACCACCUCGAUCCUCGAUGUAUCUCGGAGGAGGACUAAUACAAAUAAAGAAGUUGAUGAUGAAAAGAAUGUUAAGGUUUUGUCCAUUGUCGGGGUUGGGGGUAGCGGGAAGACCACGCUAGCUCAACUACUGUACAAUGAUGUCGAAGUGAAGAAACACUUUGAUGUCUGGAAAUGGAUCUGUGUUUCAGAUCCUUUCCACCAAAAGAGGAUUGCCAAAGCUCUCCUCGAGGGGUCGCAUCAUGACUCAUCAGAGCCAGAGUUGGAAUCACUUCUCCAGCGUAUAAAGCAAUCCUUUUCUGGGAAGAGAUUCCUCAUUGUCCUUAAUGAUUUUUGGACCGAGGACAGUUCAAACUGGAAACCAUUUAGAGACUCACUCAAGGAUGGUGCUUAUGAAAGCAUAAUCCUGGUGACUACAAGGAGUGAAAAAGUGGCAAUUACAAUGGGCACAGAUCAUUAUUUCAAUUUAGGUCUGCUGUCACAGUUAGAUUGUUGGCUGAUAAUAAAGAAGAUAGCUCUGUCUGGAAGGCCUGAGUUGUGUCACAAAGUAGAGAGGAUCGGGCAAAAAAUUGCAGAGAAAUGUAAAGGCCUCCCACUUGCCGCAAAAAUUAUGGGAAGUCUUCUGCAAUUUAGAGACAAUCCACGAGAGUGGAGAGAAGUCUUGGUUACACUGAGCUAUCCCCACAAUUGGAGAGAAGUCUUGGAUAACACAAAAAUAGAAGUUGAGGAGUUAGAGGUCAAAAUUGAUGAAGAAGAUGAUCCUACAAUGCUCUCUUGCAAGAUGCAUGACAUAGUUCAUGAUUUUGCACAAUUUGUUGCAAGAAACCAAUGCCAAGUAUUUGAAGAGGAUGCCUGCCAAAAGGUAGAAGUUGGUAAUGGAGGAUAUUUAUCCACUGAAAGACUUCGCCAUGUAAACAUAAUUGGCACAAUCAAAACACUGGACUCUUCAAUUAUCCAGGGCAUUGAGGAGGUGCAAAGUCUGUUCCUGUCAUGCGGGGAUCAACUUCCUCAAGAUUUGAGUAAAAGUUUAAAAUCAGUGAGGUCUUUAACAUUGUCCAGGUGUUAUGUACGAGAAUUACCAGGGGAGAUAGGAAAUUUGUUUCAUUUGAGGUUGUUGAAUGUGAGUCAUAAUUUGUUCAAAGAGUUGCCAGAAUCAAUAUGUGAUUUAUAUUAUCUGGAAUCUCUGGAUGUUAGGGGUUGUUGGGAACUUACUCUUCUUCCCGAAAGGAUUGGAGACCUUAUACACAUGGGAAACCUUGAUACUUCUGGGAGUUCUAUUGAACGAAUGCCAAGAGGGAUAGGCAAGUUAACUUCACUUCGCGUUCUGACGGGCUUCAUUGCUGACGUUGAUGUAGAGUCCAGUUGUAAUAUUGUGGAGUUGAAACAUUUGAACCAACUGGAACGGUUACGAAUUGUUGGUCAUCCCCAUCGCAUGGAUUUUGAAGUUGCUCAAUUGGAAAACAAACUUCAUUUGGAAUAUCUGAGAUUAGAGUUUGACAAUAGGGGAUUCGAUUUCACAGCAGAAGUUGCAGAUGUUAUAAUGGAGAGGAUGGGUAUUCCUCCAAUGCUUCACCUUUGGGAUUAUCCAGCAAGGCAACUGCCGAAGUGGAUCUUGUUGUCCCUCGAAAACCUCUCAUUUGAUCAACUUCCGAGCCUGAAACACUUAGGCCGCGAACUCUAUGGAUUAGACGAUGAUCAUCUCCAGCAGGCACAACAAGGAGGUAACUACCAUCUAGAAUGCCAUGAUGUUGACAACACAGUAGCAUUUCUCAGUCUGAAAAGAUUAUCCUUCACUGAACUAGAAGAUUGGGAAACAUGGGAAGACAUAAGUGACGAGGAAACAGAAGAAAAAGCAGAAGGAGAUCAUCAGCCGAAAACGAAUAAUGCUGCUGCCAAUAUCUCAAUCAUGCCACGCCUUGAGAUCCUAAAUAUUAAAGGUUGUCGUAAUUUAGAAGCACUGCCGGUUGGGAUCCUUGCUAAGGCGUCUUCCCUCAAAACCUUACAUAUCACCUGUUGUGAUAAAUUGGUGGAAAGAUACUCGGACAAAUCUGGAGAAGAUUGGAUGAAAAUGUCACACAUCCCAAACACAGUGUUACUCAGGUGAGUUCACAGUUCCGGAUUUCCUUAUCAAUAGUAAAAAUGCUUUAUAUUCUUUAAAAAACCACCACUACUAAUUAAUUUGUUAUGUGUGACUAUUAUCCCAAAGUCCCAGCAAUCGUGACUUACGUUUUUCUUUUGUUUUUGUCCUAACUGCAGUACUUAUGAUUACGUUAUGAUGCAUAUUAUGGCUUGAAGAAUUGAAUUAACACGUCAGCAAGUCGCGGUAUGUGCACGUCUUUGUGAAAUUUAAUGUCGUGCCUUAUAAAAUUUUAUUUACAUUUGGGGGUUAAUUUUCCAUUGUAGGUUAUUCUAUGCUGUGUGUAAGGGGUUGAAGGAAUUCAAGCAAGUUGUUAUAGGUAACUAGCUUGAAUAAUUCUCGUCUUUUUCUUUUUUUUUCCUUUUGGUGUGUGUGUGUGUGUGUGUGUUUCUGGAUUUUUAAACUUUAACUUUAAAGGCAGCUGGAUCCUCAGAUGAAGAAUCCCUCAUAUGAAGAAGAAAGUGACAUUCGCA